UUUUGAUUGACCUUUGAUUUUCAUUUUGUAGCAGUAGUUUAUUUAUUUUUUGGUUUAAAAAUCAAAUAUUAGGUACUAAAAAUGAUUACUUCAAGCAAAGUAUUUCUAAACUCAAAUGUUGCUUUAAGACAUUUGAUACUCUCGAAGUAUUAUUCAAAACACAGUGUUGUAGAUGUCGAUUACCAAUACAUGCAAAAAAGCAGAGUUCCUACAAUGCACUUUCAAAAAUCGUUACCGCGGUUGCCAAUUCCAGAGCUACAGAAAACAGGGGAACGGUACUUAAACGCUUUAAAACCUUUGCUGACUUCUGAACAACUCGCCGAAGCAGAACGUCGCACAGCCGACUUUGUUACUAAAGAUGCUAAGAUUUUGCAAGAAAAGCUGCUGGCAAAGGACAAAGCUAACAAGCACACGAGUUAUAUAUCAGAGUAUUGGUUUGAUUUGUAUCUACGUGAUCGUGCACCCCUACCCAUUAAUUACAAUCCAUUAAUUGUGCACCAAAAUGACACCAAAAUCGAUUACAAUAAUCAGUUGGUACGCGCGACUAAUAUGCUGACUAGUGCCCUAAGGUUUAUGUUGUCGUUAAGAGAGAAGAUAUUAGAACCUGAAGUAUUUCACUUGAAUCCUAAAAAGAGUGACACUGAUCUGUUCAGGACUGUUACAGGGAUGUUGCCUGAAGCUGUGUCUUGGUAUGGGGCAUAUUUAUUUAAGGCCUUUCCUCUAGAUAUGAGCCAGUUCGAUGGCCUGUUUGGCGCGACACGCAUACCUCAAUUAGAAAAAGACAGAAUUGUUAGGGAUCCAAAAAGCAAACAUAUGGUUGUACAGAAAAAUGGCCAUUUCUACACAUUUGAUGUGUUAGAUGCCAAUGGAAAUCUUCUAUCACCUGGAGAAUUGUUAGGGAAUCUGCAUCAGAUUCUAAAUGACAACACUCCGCAAGCUGAUCAUCCACUUGGAAUUUUGACCUGUCAAAACCGUGACCUCUGGGCCAAGCAAAGAACUCAUAUUGAAAAUAUUGGGAACAAAGAUGCUUUCCACAAGAUAGACACGGCUAUAUUUAAUUUAGUAUUGGACAAUGAAAUAUUAACAGAUGAUAAACACAAACUCUUGAAGCAUUAUCUUCAUGGUGAUGGAUUGAACAGAUGGUUUGACAAAUCUUUUAGCCUCAUUGUGUCCAAAGAUGGUAUAUCAGGCAUAAACUUUGAACACUCUUGGGGAGAUGGAGUUGCAGUUUUAAGGUUUUUCCAAGACAUUUACAAAGAAACAACAACUAAGCCAUUUGUACAUCCAGACACAAAACCAUUGGAAACCAAUAGAAGUGUCAGAAAAUUAGAAUUCAAUCUUGAUGAAAAGUCAAAGCAAUUUAUUGAGACUGCUAAGAAAGAGUACAAAGACUGGUAUGAGUCAUUGAGCAUUGAUUAUAUUUUGUAUGAAGGGCUAAACAAAGAGGCAUGUAAAAAGUUUAAAGUCAGCCCUGAUUGUAUUAUGCAGCUUAGUUUUCAGGCUGCAUACCAUCUUCUGUAUGGUAAUUACGUGGGAACUUAUGAAUCAUGUAGCACAUCUGCUUUCAAGCAUGGCAGGACAGAAACUAUGCGGCCCUGUACUGAAAAAACUAAGCAAUUUUGCGACAGUCUACAUAUGAACAAAAUGUCAAACAAUGAACUACGAGCCAUCAUGCAGGAGUGUUCAGUGUCCCACUCGGAAUUAGUCAAGGAGGCAGCUAUGGGACAAGGCUUUGAUCGCCACAUGUUCGCGUUGAAGAAAAUCGCCGAAGACAACAACUUGCCAAUGCCAGAAGUUUACAAUUCUUACGAAUACAACUUCUUGAAUAAAUCCAUUUUGAGCACCAGUACAUUGUCGUCGCCCAGUGUGAUGGCUGGUGGGUUUGGGCCAGUAGCCAAGGAAGGUUUCGGAAUUGGAUAUUCCGCAUUCACUGAUAAACUGGGUGCAGCGGUGACAAGCUACAAACCGCACAACGACAGUUCCAAAUUUAUCGAAGCCCUCCACAAAUCAUUCCUAGACAUUACAAAAAUUCUGUCUAAUUAGUUAUUUAAGAAUAUUUAUUUGUGUUGUAACCGUACAACGAAGUUGUCCGUGUUUUAGAUCAUAAUAAUAUUGGUCGAUACGAAUGUAUAAAUGUGACAUUUUGUACUCAGUUUAUAAAUUCCUAAGGGUAAGGCAUUAGUUGUAGCACCAUUGAUAAAUUGCUGCCCUGUCAAUGACGUAAUCAAAAAUAGAAUAUUCCUUUCCUGUUUUUGCUAACAUUGUUGGCAGGGCUGCUAUAUAUUUAUUUAAAUCAUAAUAAUGGAUAAAUUGAAGAGGUGCAUAAUUUCCAUAGGUGGUCAUUGAAAAAUAAGUAUUAGCUCCGGAAUUAUGGCCACUAAACUCUCAAUAAACUUCUCAAAGUUGUAAUUGUAACUAUUAAUUUUUAUUUGAUUGUAUACAAAUUUUAUUAAGCUAAGUAAAGUAAGAUAAAGUGUUAUUGCCUACUUUUUAUGAGGUGUUAUACUUAGAUUUUCUACAGCAACAGGAGUCUGUGAGUCCUUUUUCGCCAGCUCGGUUAACUAUUUAAUUGAUUCCAAAGCAAGUAAAGUCUAAUUUUACAGUUAAUUGAAAAAUAAGGGUUUUAAGGCCUAAAUGUAUUGUGCCUUGAUGAUAAUACCUAUAAGAUGAAUUGUUAUUGGUGGUUGAGAAGAAUGGAGUUUAUUAAAGACUACCAGUAUUCCUGAAUUGUGCCUUCAAUUAAAUGGUAUGACGGAUGUUUGUGUAAUGAACUUAUU